UAAUGAAACCAAAAAAAAAAACAAAAUAAAAAAAGGAGACAGUUGCUAUCAACAGCCUGAAGUUUGGAUUUGCAUGUAGCAGUUCAUUUAUUUGUUCUUUUUGCUAGAAACUCCAGUAAUACUGUUUGUGGGCAGCAGUUUUACAUUGUCUGUAGUAACUGGAUUUUGUACAAAACAACAGAACUCUUCUGUCCUAAAUGUAGACAAGAACUUCCAAAGAAAGGCACAUGGUGAAUUUACUCCUGCCUGAUAUGGAUCAGAGCUUCCAGAGACUGAAAUUGCAGUAUAUACAACAUGAAACAAACUGCAGGGAGAAAGAAGGGAUGCAGACUCUGUGUGCUACAAAUGGGAGAACAGAGCAGUGCUGUGGAGAGCACAGACGGAGACUGGAGUUAUUCUGCCAGGAAGAUGAGGCCUUUGUUUGUGUCCUGUGUGUUCCCAGACAUUCCAGACAUAGUUUUGUGUUACUUAAUGAGGUAGCCAGCGUGUAUAAGGACAUGUCAAAAUCAGCCUUAUCAUCCCUGGAGCUCAAAGUCUGUGAUCUUAAAAAUAUGCAAAUCCAGAAUGAGAAGGAACUGAUGGAACUACAUGAGCAUGCUUGCAGUUUGGAACAAUACGUUACACAAGAGUUUGCAAAACUGCACCACUUUCUCAAUGGCAAGGAACGAAAACUAAUCCAACAGCUUAAGACUGAGGAAGCAAAAAUUCGGAAAGCGAUAGAAGAAAGUCUUGAAUGCAUUAAAAACAGUUUUGUGUCUACUCAAGAGACUAUGAGUGACGAUAAUUUAGUGCUCAUAAAACAGGAGCCUGUUGAUUUUCUUACAGCUCCAGAGUCCUUUGAGGAUGUUGCUGUCACUUUCUCAGAAGAAGAGUGGAGGAUGUUAAGAGAACAAGAGAAGGAGCUUCACAGGGAAGUGAUGGUACAGAACUACGAAACCUUGGUAUCAGUAGGAUACAAAAUCCCCCAAGACAACUUGUUAUUGCUACUUAGAGAAGACAAUCUUAAGCUACCAGAUGCUGAUGUGGAAGAGAAAAAUACUACAGAACAGAAGGAUAGUUUUGAAGACGAGCCCAACAGUAUCAGAAUCACAGAGUGCAGAAUGAGUGGCAGUCAAGAACCGUCACAUGUGAGAUCCCGGUUAAAGCACCAUCCAGAGAGCCCGCAGCAGUGCAUUGAAUCUGUGAAAUGCUACAGCAUAGUUCACCUUGCUUCUGUAUUACAGCAUCACUCAAGACAUAACUAUAACAGGAGUUUUGGGUGCAGUAGUGAAACACCCUCAUUGCAUAACUUGAAAGCGAACCUGGAACACUGUGUUCAGCCUGGGAAGGGCUCCAACAAGGAUCAUCUCCCUCCAGUACAACAUCUUCCAUCAGCUCCUAACUGCAACAAGAAUUCUGACUGUGACAUUGGAACCCCCCAGUUACAUCAUCCAACAGAGAACUUACAACAGUGUAUUCAGCCUGUGAAGGGCCCCAACAAGCUUCAUCUUCCUCCAGUACAACAGGUUCCAUCAGCUCCUAACUACAACAAGAAUUGUGACUGUAACAUUGGAACCCCCCAGUUACAUCAUCCAACAGAGAACUUACAACAGUGUAUUCAGCCUGUGAAGGGCCCCAACAAGCUUCAUCUUCCUCCAGUACAACAGGUUCCAUCAGCUCCUAACUACAACAAGAAUUCUGACUGUGGCAUUGGAACCCCCCAGUUACAUCAUCCAACAGAGAACUUACAACAGUGUAUUCAGCCUGUGAAGGGCCCCAACAAGCUUCAUCUUCCUCCAGUACAACAGGUUCCAUCAGUUCCUAACUACAACAAGAAUUCUGACUGUGACAGUGGAACCCCUCAGUUACAUCAUCCAACAGAACACUUACAACAUUGUACUCAGCCUGUGAAGGGCCCCAACAAGCUACAACAGGUUCCAUCAGCUCCUAACUACAACAAGAAUUCUGACUGUGACAGUGGAACCCCUCAGUUACAUCAUCAUCCAAUGGAGAACUUACAACAGUGUACUCAGCCUAUGAAGAGCUGUGACAGACUUCCUGCCCCUUCUGUUCCGCUGCUUCAUUCAGGAAACAAGUGGAGUAAGAGCUUGGAAUGUGCUAUAGGUGUUGCUGCUCAGCAAAGUCUAAUAACGCAUCUGAGAGCUCACACCAGCAACAAAAUAUAUAAAUGUGAUAUAUGCGAGAAGUGUUUUACAUGUCAAAGUAAUUUGUUAUUCCAUCAGCUGAUGCACUCAGGAGAGAAACUGUAUAACUGUACUGAAUGCAGUAAGUCCUUUACAACCCAACAAAGUUUAACACAUCACCAGGACAUUCACAGUGGUGACAAAAAAUAUAAGUGUAGUGAAUGUGGGAAAGGGUUUAUAUAUGAAAGACGCCUGGUACAUCAUCAGGCCACUCACGCAAGGGAGAAACAGUAUCAGUGUACUGAAUGCAAUAAGUGUUUUACACGCAACUCUAAUUUAAUACGUCAUCAAGUCAUUCACACUGGCAAGAAACCUUAUAAAUGUGAUGAAUGCAGCAAGUGUUAUGCUGACAGGAGUGGUUUACUUUGUCACCAAAAGACUCACACAGGGGAAAAGCUAUAUAAGUGUACUGAUUGUAGUAAAUGCUUUACAUUGCUUUAUAAACUUAAAACUCACCAACGAAUUCACACAGGUGAAAAACCAUAUAAAUGUACUGAGUGUAGUAAGAGCUUUACAUUGUCAUAUAGUCUUAGAAUUCAUGAACGAGUUCACACUGGUGAAAAACCAUAUAAAUGUACUGACUGUGGUAAGAACUUUAGAGUAUAUAGUACCCUUAAAACGCACCACCGAAUUCAUACAGGGGAAAAACCAUAUAAAUGCACUGACUGUGAUAAGAGCUUUGCACAGCAUUAUGCACUUACAGUUCACCAACAAAGUCACUCUGGGGAAAAACCGUAUAAAUGCACUGAUUGUGGUAAGAGCUUUGCAUUGCAUUAUGCACUUAGAGCUCACCAACGAAUUCACAAAGGGGAAAAAACAUAUAAAUGUACUGAUUGUAGUAAGAGCUUUGCACUGCCAUAUACACUUAGAACUCAUCAAAAAAUUCACACAGGGGAGAAAACAUAUAAAUGUUCUGAAUGUGGUGAGUGUUUUUUACGGCAAGUGAGCCUACAAGUGCAUCAAGCCAAACAUACAGGAGAGAGAGCACAUAAGUGUACAGAAUGCAGUAAGUGCUUUGUAUUUCGCAGUCAACUGAUACGACACCAAACUGUGCAUACAGGGGCGAAGCCUUAUAAAUGCACUGAAUGCAAUAAGUGUUUUUCACAGAACAUUCAUUUGACAAACCACAAAACCAUUCACACAGGGGAGAAGCCAUUCGUGUGUGUUGAAUGUAAUAAAUGCUUUUCGCGUAAUAGUAGCCUGGUACGACAUCAGACCAUUCACACAGGGGUAAGAAAUCGAAAAGAAAAGGAGAGUAGUAUUGCUGGAACUGAAUUCACCCUCCGGUCUUGAUGAGUACCUUUGUGUGGUGGACCCUCUUCUCUCAAAAUCUCACCAAGAAGACACUGAGAUGUAUCUUCUGUGUUUUAUAUAACGUAUCAUGGAGAGAAGUAGGUUAAAAAAUAAAAGACUACUAAAUACACAGAUCACAGGAUAAAAAAGUGCCCAUUCCUGGUGUACACAUUCGUGCCAGAAUUGGAAAAAAUGACAGUGUAGAAUCCUUAAGACACAGAAACUUUACUACAACAGGGUUAGGCUAGGCUCAGGAGGAUGAUAGCGCCCUGUUGUAGAAUGAGGUAGUAGUCCAUAAAACUGGUAGGUCAGAAAAGAGCCACAAAUAUGAUGAGGUGGACUAUUGAGGUUAAGGAAGAAAUUAUAUAUUAUUAUUAUUGUUAUGCAAGAAGCCCAGAUUUUCCAGGUAGAAAAGUUUCAGAAAGUUUAAGAAAGAAAUUAGAGGAAAGAAAAAUACUUGCCCGAGAAAAAACGUCAAAAGCUUUAAAUGCAAAAUUUGUUCAUUAAUACAACAGACACUCACAAAACAUUACAUAGAUUAAGUAACUUUGCAGUGCCUGAAAAAUGAAGCAGCAGUGAAGGUGCAAAAAUAUAAAGAACAACAUUCAGAGAUUUUUGAAAGGUAUGAAAAGGAAACAUGGACAUGGGAAAGAAAUAAAAAAGGUUUGAUAUGCAAUGUUUAGGCAAAAGUGAAAGACAAACUAAUCAAAAAAAAAACAAUUUCAAAGAUAUUUGAAGAAAAAUGCAGGCAAAAUCACCCAGAUAUGGAAAAUUUCACAAUACAAAAAAAAAAUAAGAAAACAAAGGGGGAAUAUGGAACAGAGGGUUAGUAAGGAAGACGUUAUGCAAAUAGAAACUGAUCUUAUGGA